AUGUGGAAAGAUUUACCUCUACCUGUUUAUGAGAAGUUGUACUUCUUUAAUAUAACAAAUGCUGAGGAAUUUGUUAACAACAGUGAAAUACUGAAAGUACAAGAAGUUGGUCCUUACACUUACAAAAGUACAUGGGAAAAGAACAUUUUAAUUAGAAGUGCUGCCGGUAGUUUUUUUUAUACUCUCGGCGAAACACUCAUUAUAAAGAAGACUGUGGCAGAACUCGCCUUUAAAGGAUACGAAGACAGUAUUAUUAAAUAUGGCAAGUACGUAAAACGUAAUAUUCCGUACAAGAAAGGUAUAUUUUCUUGGCUGUACGGGAAAAACGCUACAGAUGAGGGAUUGUUUACUGUUUUUACGGGAGAGACAUCGUUGACGUUUAAUUACAAUAGAGACGUAAAUCAUAAAACUAUAUUUUUCAGAAGGUUCGAGAGCAGUACGGAAACUAUUGCUUCUUCCUCUAUAAAUCCUGAUAACUGGUGCUUCGAAACUGACCCUGAUUUAAAAUCCGGGACUCAGGAUCUCAGUCUCUGCCAGUUUAGUGCUCCGGUUGUGCUGACGUUUUCCCAUUUCUAUUUAUUGGACCCUUCUUACUUACAAAAUGUGUCCGGUUUGAGUCCUGACAAAGAAAAGCAUGGUUCUCAUAUAGACGUUGCGCCAGUUAUUGGAGUAUCAGUGGAUUUGUGUUUGCGCUUCCAGGUGAAUCUGAAAAUUCAGCAAGUUCCGAACAUAGAUGAAUUAGAGGAUAUAAAUCCUGGAAUUUAUCCUGUAUUUUGGGUAGAAAUGUUUGCAAAACUUACCCAAGAACUGACAGAUAUUAUAACUGAAAGGCUCACUGGACCAAAGGAAGCAAUAAAUUGGUUAUUAUGGAUUCUUUUAACUACUGCACUCUUUCUAAUUACCGUAUCGUCGCUGUUAUUGUGUUUACCCAAGAAAGAAGUGCUUUAUAGAGAAAAGAAAUCUUUGUUAGAAUGUGGGAAAAAGCCGUAUUAUUCCACUUUUUAUUCGUUUGAUGAAGUUCCAUUUUUAUUACCAAUAUAUUAG